AUUACACAUGGAGGCUGUUUCACCAAUGUGGACCUUUCUUCUGCUUACUUGUUCAACGUCAAAGCCGUCUUCUUUCUUGAUUUUUCUUCUUCUUCCAAUUCACAUCUGCACAAGACUUUUACCCAAUCCUCAAUUCUUUUUUCACUUUCAAACAGAACCCACAUUGCCAUUUUCUGAAACAAUCCUCACACGUUGUCUCUGUCUAUCAAAGAGACAACUUGUGAGGAUCGGUUUCAUAUUUACCAUCCCAAUUGCAGAACCUUGAUUAGAUCAGGUGUUCAUUUUCCGAUACUGAUAAUCAUUCAAGAAGGAAUUUGAUACCUCGAUCAAGUAAGCACCCCUUUUCUAUUUUUGACAGAUUAUUGCUGAUAUUUCAGAAAUUUAAGUCAAAGUUGACUUUUAUUUUUGGGUGAUUUCGGAUGAUCAGAAGAUAGUAGUCAGUAAGCAUUGUUGAUGUGAGCGUUGGUCAAAAUUUGGACUUUUGAAGUUUGGUUACAUUUACCUUCCGGUGGUGCCGUUGGGAAAGUGCUAAAAUGUCUCAUUUGACUCAUUCUGAUUCAUUGUCUGAUGAUAGCUCAGGGCACGGGCAGGGCGUACAAGUUGUGCCGUUCAAGACCUCUCAGGGGUCAUUGAAGGUGUUACUGUUGCAUGGGAAUUUGGAUAUUUGGGUGAAAGAUGCCAAGAAUCUUCCAAACUUGGAUCAGUUUCAUAAAAAUUUUAUUGAUAGGUUUAAACUGGGAGGCAAAACUGAAGGAAGUUCAUCGAAAGGGAAUACAAGUGAUCCUUAUGUAACAAUUUCAAUCUCUAAUGCAGUUAUUGGUAGAACUUUUGUGAUUAGAAAUAGUGAGAACCCUGUUUGGAUGCAGCACUUUUAUGUCCCUGUUGCACAUCAUGCAGCAGAAGUGCAUUUUGUUGUUAAAGAUGAUGAUGUUGUAGGGUCACAAAUCAUGGGGGCAGUUGGGAUUCCAGUGGAACAAAUAUUCUCUGGUGCAAAAGUUGAGGGUACAUUUCCAGUUCUUAAUGCUAGUGGAAAAUCAUGUAAACAAGGAGCAGUCUUGACUUUAUCAAUUCAGUACACCCCAAUGGAGAAAGUGCCUCUUUAUCAUGGUGGAGUUGGAUCAGGUCCUUAUCAGGGUGUCCCUGGUACUUAUUUUCCCCUUAGGAGGGGCGGAAAUGUUCAGCUUUAUCAAGAUGCUCAUGUACAUGAAGGUAGCCUUCCAAGUUCAAUGCUUGAUAAUGGUUUGCAGUACCAGCAUGGACGUUGCUGGCAUGACAUCUUCAAUGCCAUAAGUCAGGCUCAACGUCUGGUCUACAUCACUGGAUGGUCUGUCAACCACCUAGUUUCCCUUGUUCGAGAUACUGGCAACCCAACGAAAAGUAUUCUGGGAGACCUUCUAAAAGAAAAGUCUCAGGAAGGUGUAAGAGUCUUGCUUCUAGUUUGGGAUGAUCCCACUUCCAGGAGCAUUUUGGGCUUUAAAACUGAGGGGGUCAUGGGUACCAGUGAUGAGGAGACUCGUAGAUUCUUUAAGCAUUCUUCAGUUCAAGUUCUGCUCUGUCCCCGUUCUGCUGGAAAAGGGCAUAGCUGGGCCAAAAAAAAGGAGGUGGGAACAAUCUACACUCACCAUCAGAAGAGUGUAAUUGUAGAUGCUGAUGCAGGUAACUAUAAGAGAAAAAUCAUAGCGUUUAUUGGAGGACUUGACUUAACCACAGGGAGAUAUGAUACUCCAGAACACCCCAUUUUUCGAACUUUGCAGACUGUACACAAAGAGGACUAUCAUAAUCCUAAUUAUACGGGUUCUACAGCAGGGUGUCCCAGAGAAGCAUGGCAUGAUUUGCAUUGUCGAAUUGAUGGCCCAGCUGCUUACGAUAUCUUAACCAACUUUGAAGAGCGCUGGUUGAGGGCUUCAAAGCGUCAUGGGCUUCAGAAAAUGAAAUCGUCAUUUGAUGAUUCACUGCUCAAGCUUGAAAGGAUUCCUGAAAUAUUAGGAAUACAUGAUGUGUCCAUUCAACAUGAUGAUAAUCCAGAGGCUUGGCAUGUGCAGGUUUUUCGUUCAAUCGAUUCAAGCUCUGUUAGGUUUCCAAAAGAUCCAAAAGAUGCUACAGACAAGAACCUCUUGUGUGGGAAGAAUGUUCUCAUAGACAUGAGUAUACAUACUGCAUAUGUAAAGGCAAUCCGUGCUGCCCAACAUUUCAUUUACAUCGAGAAUCAGUACUUCCUUGGGUCAUCCUACAAUUGGAAUAACUAUAAAGAUCUAGGUGCAAACAAUUUGAUUCCGAUGGAAAUUGCACUCAAAAUUGCAAAUAAAAUUAGAGCACAUGAGAGGUUUUCAGCAUAUAUUGUUCUCCCCAUGUGGCCAGAAGGUGCUCCUACUAGUACUGCAACUCAGAGAAUUUUAUUUUGGCAGCAUAAUACAAUGCAAAUGAUGUAUGACACCAUCUACAAAGCUUUAGUUGAAGUAGGGCUUGAGAGGACGUACGAACCUCAAGACUUUUUGAAUUUCUUUUGCCUUGGAAAUCGUGAGGCUGAAGGGCAUGGAGGCAUUUCAGAUGCCAAGAGUAGUGCUGCCGCAAACACUCCUCAAGUACGCAGUCGGAAGAGCCGCCGGUUCAUGAUUUAUGUCCACUCAAAAGGGAUGAUAGUUGAUGAUGUCCUUGGAUCUGCAAACAUUAACCAGCGCUCUUUGGAAGGUACUAGAGACACUGAAAUUGCAAUGGGUGCAUAUCAACCUUAUAAUACAUUGGCAAGGAAACACACCAGACCGCGUGGACAGAUAUUUGGCUACAGAAUGUCGCUGUGGGCAGAGCACAUGGUUCUGGAGAGAUGCUUUGAGCGACCAGAAAGCCUUGAAUGUGUUAGACGUGUAAGAGCACUAGGUGAGCUGAAUUGGUCUCAAUAUGCAUCUGAAGAAGUAACUGACAUGAGGGGUCACCUUCUCAAGUAUCCUGUUGGGGUGGAUGCUAUGGGGAAAGUUACGCCUCUUCGAGGUUGUGAAACAUUCCCGGACAUGGGUGGAAACAUAGUAGGAACAUUUGUUGCCAUUCAAGAAAAUCUUACCAUCUGAUCAAAUGCAUCCCUCAAUCAAGUUCUAACU